AUGCCUGGUGUUUCCGUUCGCGAUGUCCCUGCGCAGGAUUUCAUUGAAGCCUAUGCCGCCUUCUUGAAGAGACAGGGCAAGCUGCCAGUUCCCGGCUGGGUCGAUACCGUCAAGACCGGUAACAUGAAGGAAUUGCCUCCUCAGUCCAUCGACUGGUACUACACCCGCGCCGCUGCCGUCGCCCGUCACAUCUACCUCCGCAAGCACGUUGGUGUUGGCCGAUUAAGAAAGGUUCACGGUGCUACCAAGAACAGGGGUUCGCGUCCCAGCCAUCACGUCGAUGCCUCUGGAGGUGUCGACAGGAACAUCCUCCAGUCUCUCGAGAAGAUUGGUGUUUUGGAGCAGAACGAGAAGGGUGGCAGAAGCAUCAGCCAGACCGGCCGAAGAGAUUUGGAUCGUAUUGCCCAGACCACAAUCGAAGCCGAGGAAGAAGAGUAA